GACAAAGACGUCUUCCGCCUUUCGGACGCAGUAGUCGCUAGUUAACCGUCGCGGCAAUGUUCGUCCGGACGCUAGAUCCUGCGGGAGUUUAGCGCACCUGAUUAGCAUGGAGAGACACGGCGCGCGACGAGGUGAUUUGUCCCCAUCUCAUCGGACGACGGGCAAAAUCAAUGCUUCAGGAUUUCCGGACGGAAUUCGCGAGGCUUGCGUUAAACGCGACGGGCUCUGCAAAAGGAGCUCGCAAUGGUGGCGCACGAGAGCGAGAAUCGCGAUGACGAUACUGAUCUGCGUGUUCGUCAGUGCGAUGAUCAUUUACUGGUUUGUCAGUUCGAUCAUAGAGAAUCGACGGGACAGUAGGCACAGAGGGUCGUCCGCUGGGAAAUCUCGUAAAACGGCUUAUCCCGAGAGACUGCCCGAUCACGUUCUACCGCUGGAAUACACUUUGAAGAUACUGCCCAUACUGGAAGAGGGAAAUUUCACGACCAUCGGCGACGCGCAGAUUCAAUUCUAUUCCAAGAUCCCGACAAAGCACAUACGUCUUCACGCUCACAAUCUUCUCAUACGUGAUAUCAGCGUGACAAAGUAUCACGAUCGGCCGUCGAACACGUCGAAAUUGAUGGAUGGGUACGUCCAGCAGGACAAAGAAGAUUUCAUCGACGUGCUUCUGCUGCAAAUGCUGAUGGCGGGCGAGACUUACGUUUUACGCAUCAAAUACACGGUCCCGUUGCAUCAGAAGCCGAAAGGGUUUUUCAGGAGUUCGCACGUCCAUCGCGAUACCAACGAAACCAGAUGGAUCGCGGUGUCAAACUUCUCGCCAGACUUCGCUCGCCGGGCUUACCCGUGUUUCGAUGAACCGUGGAUCAAGACACCUUUUCGCAUCUCCAUCGGCCGAAGAUCGAACAUGCGAUCUCAUUCCAACUCGAUGCGCAAAGUCACCGAGGAAAUACGCGACUUGCCGGGCUACGUGUGGGAUCAUUACGAGAAAACUCUACCGAUGCCCACUUACGUGGUCGCCUUUAUGGUCACUGAUUUCUUCAGCUACCACGUCAGCGUCGCCGAUCGACCGUCGCACACGAUCUUCUCCAGGAGGGAGGUCGCGAACGACACGAAAUACAUGGCCGACUUGGUGCCGAAGGUGCUCCGAUUAAUACAAAACUUCACCGGGUUCUACUACGAAUUGGACAAGCUCGACGUGAUCGUGGUCCCCAAGCUGAUGUAUUCCGCGAUGGAGAACUGGGGUCUCAUCUCGAUUCGGGAGGACAUAGCGGUCAUAAAGGAAACUGGAGGUAGUGAGAACGCUAAAAAUGUUCUCGCUAGUAUCGCGGCGCACGAAGUCGCCCAUCAGUGGUUCGGUAAUCUAGUGACUCCAAGAUGGUGGGACGACGUGUGGUUGAAAGAAGGACUCUCCUCAUUUUUCGGAUUUUUAGCGCUAAGCGUGUUGGAUGUCACUUUACUCAAUAACGUUGGCCGGUUAUCAAAGAAAAUGAAAACAUCGAUCCUGCCGCAGCUAGAGCCGGCGUCUUGGGACCGGCAGGCCAGCUUCCUUACCGAAUGCCACGACAUAUUUUACGAGGACGCCAGCGAAACGGCACACCCGUUGCAUAUUGAUCUGCGAGAGCUGAGCGGGCUCAUCGACGUCUUCGAUUUGACGUCGUACGCCAAGGGUAAUUGCAUGGCGCACAUGAUCUAUCAUUUUCUGGGCGAGCGGAUCUUCCUCGCGUCCGUGCGCCGCUACAUGCGCACGUAUUACUAUCGCAGCGCCGAUCAGGAGGAUCUCUGGAGCGCCUUCCAGGUGGAGAUCGACGGAGCGAGCGACGGGUUACCGGCUUCCUCCGGGCUGCGUAUGAAGGACGUUAUGCGAACUUGGACGUAUCAGGCCGGCUUUCCUGUCCUGCGCGUCCGACAGAAUCACGAAACCGGUGCGAUCGAGCUUACGCAGGACCGAUUUUAUCAUUAUGGCCUAAAUAGUACGAGCGAAGAGUUAUGGCACAUCCCGUUGACGUGGACCACCGAAAAUGAACAGCAAUUUGGUAAUACCUUGCCGAAGGCAUGGAUGGUCAAGAAACGCAUGAAAAUUAACGACACUGCUCUGAGCCGGGCGAGUUUCAGCGACCAGUGGAUUCUGUUCAAUAUCAAUCAAACGGCUCUGUAUCGCGUCAACUACGAUACGGAGAACUGGGAACUGUUGGUCAAAUCCUUCGGAGCUCUGCCGGAAGUGGCAAAGGUGCAAUUGCUGGCGGACUCGUUUGCAAUAGCCAACGCCGGAUUGCUCGAUAUGAAAGUCACGUGGAGCGUCCUCGAGAAGCUGGAGACGGAGAGCGGAGAGAUGCUGUGGACGCAUGCGAUGCUCACGUUGGCCACUGUCAAGGAUUAUUUUUGGGAUUCGGACGUGUUUAAGUUCGCGAUCUGCAAGGUCACCGAUCGGGUGUACGCCGAGACGAUGCGGUCGCUAGUCCAUACGGAUCCUGCGUCGUGGACAGGAUUCAAGGUGAACGUAAUGAAAUGGGCAUGUUCGGUGGGCCAUCGAGCAUGCUUAAUGACGGCCCGCAACUUCGGCCGAAAAAUGCUGCGAAACGAGUCGUCGAGCUCGUCGUACGUAACGCCACACAUUAUUUGAGGGACACACACGCGAGUAGUCUAGGAUUGUAUUCGCGAAAAUCAGCCGGCGAAUUAUAGCGUUCCAGAGGCAUUCCGUACCUGGACGUACUGCGAGCACGUGAAAACGGUCACGGGGGAACAAUGGCUGGCACUUCUCGAGAGAUACAACGAAUCGACGACGGCGCACGAUAAGGAGAGCCUCGCCUUCGCAUUGGGAUGUCAUGUUAACGCCAGUCUACUGCGAAGUUACCUGUCUACGACAUUUUCGCAACGGAAUAUCACAGGAUCGCACGCGGAGGGAGCUCUGAUGUCCACCGUGAUAAAUCCGCACGGGUGUCGCGUUGCGGCGGACUUUCUCACUGAACAUUGGGACAGGUUCAACGCGAAGGAGGAGGAGAAUAGCGCAUACGCAAACGUUAUCCUGAUCGGCACGUUGCGUGCCUUCGCGAGACGCAUUCGUCAAGAGGAGGACGUGGAAUGGCUACGGCGGCUGAAAGGCAGACACGGGAAGUAUGACACUGUGAUCGGGCAGGUUAUUAAUAAGGUCCAGGCCAAAGUCGCGUGGUACAAGGAGCACAGGAACGAAGCAUUGCGAGCACUGGAAGAGAUUUCCGCGAGAUACGCCGAGACGAAGGAUUGUAAAAAAGGAUUGCAGGAAGGAAGAUUAACGCCACCGCGUGGGGCAGAAGCGGUUCAUACGAAUUUUCACGUCCCGGGAGGCACGAUGUCGCACACCGGUAAUCCGACGUUGGCUAUAACUACGAAGAGAAAACCACGGAGGCAGCAGCUACUACCGGCCACCCUCAGAAAGUGGUGGCCGUGGUGGUUGCUGCUACCAGGAUGUUUGGCAUCGUGGACGCGAUACGUCGAGGAGUACGACUCCAUUAGAGUAGCCAGGUGCGACGCCCGAUGCGGGGAGAACCAUCCUGACGAGUGCGUGGAGAAUUGUCUGGCAUCGAAUUACACGAAACCCGGAUAUUGCCCCGAGAGAACGUUUAUGACGCCCUUCGAAGCCGCCUGCUUGGUCGCCUGCGUCGACGAUUCCCGUUGUCCGGAUUUGGCCAAAUGUUGCACCCAUGAUUGCGGCGUCACGUGCAUGCACCCCAUCGGUUUGGACACUCAAAACGACCUGCCAGUCGUGCCGGAGAACCUGCGGAUACGCCAGCAGAAGAGCAACCUGGUGCUUCUGUCUUGGCGCAGCGGCAAGUCGGCCGCCAGCAACGCGUCUUCCUCCGCCGAUGAUGACGACGACGACGAAGACGAGGUCCGGUACUUGGUGGAGGAGCGUCACUUGGUCGGGCCCAGGUAUCUGGAAUCCAGACUGAGCUCUUGGACGGUGUGCCACGUGUCGACGAAGCCGCACGCGACCCUCCGUGGCCGGCUGAAGACUGGACACUGGUAUCAGUUUCGCGUAGCGGCCGUCAACGGAAACGGUUCGCGCGGGUACUCGCAACCCUCCAGACCCUUCAAGACAAAAGAGCCGCGAAAUCCGAAGGAGCCGCAAAAUCUGACGUUAUCAAACGCGCGCCUCGUCGGCGGCAAGCUGCGCAUCAAUCUGCGAUGGGUCAGACCAACGUCAGAUAUACCGAUAUCGUUCUACAAAGUGUUCUGGAGCAGGCUCAUUCACGGCCCGACUAACGACUCCAUCCUUGUCUACCACAAAACGGUCCUGAAAGACAAGACGUGCUACGAGCUGAAGAAUCUGGAGCUGAAGUGCCAGUACUUCCUGCAGGUGCAGGCGGUGGCUGUGUACGGCGGCCGGCGCUUGGCGUCGCGCAAGGCCUCCAAGGUGUUCAACAGCACCGACUACAUGGCAUACGCCGACGUCGGGAGACGUUCUCGCAGGUGCGAGCGAACCCAGGCCGGCCUCCACGUGCGUCGCAUGAGCUGCCACUGCGGCGACGUCAAGGUGCGUCUGGUCUGGCCAGUGAGCGGCGACGCCAAGAUGUACAACGUCACGUGGCGGGAGGAGUCUUGUUCGCGCGAGAAAAACCCGGAACACCGACGGAAAGCCGUCGUCUGGCAGGUGGUCCAGACCUCGCACUACGACCUGCAGCAACUGCGAAACGAUUGCACGUACAGCGCGAACGUGCGCAACGUACCGAAGGAGAACGGCAGCGACGACCAUGGGGCUAGUAUAGAAUUCUUCGCGACCGGAUGUCAGGACGAUCAAAAGCGGCAGAAGCGACGGAAGAGCGCGCGAUGUAAGACGAAACCGUCCAGAUCCAGACGGUACUUUGCCGAUCUAUUUGUGAUAUGAACUCGUUGGCGACCACCGAAUGGAUUGUGAGUCGCGACGGUGAUGUUCGCGAUCUACCCGGUAAUAUCCAUCGCUCGCGAAUAUCGUCCCAGGGAUAUGUAUUUCAUUUAUGCCUUGAUGAGGGGUAUAGUCGAGGUUAAAAUCAUUUCUCGAGGAAAGGAAGGGUGUUCCUGCGAUUUUCCGACCGCUUGAAAAAUUUGCUUCCCCGAAUGAAUUUUGGUACGUGAGCUUCGUUCGCGGUGAAUGGCCGAGACUGAGUUGAGCAUAAUGUAAGUUUUCUACACACGAAUCAUUUUUCUAUAUAAAGGAGAAGUAAUCAGAAGAAAAUAAUUAGACUUUAUCUAUACUUUAUAGUAAGAAAAGGGUGUAAAAUCGUUG